CAGCUUUCUACUACCUUGCUGAUCUUAUUAAUGAGAACCAGCUCCUAAUUCCACCUCCUCCUCUCCCUCUUAACAGAGAUCACAGCACAGUUCCAUGGCGAUCAAACGUUUCUUCCCCAAUAUAAACGUACCUGUAACGGCCAUGAACUCUCCGGCGAUGGCCAGGAACUCUCAGGCGAUGCCUGGAACUCUGAAACCUACAAACCACCAUGUCCUGCUUCAAACUGCACCAAAUUCUCUGAAGAAAUUCAACCCAGUUGACAAGGUAUUUGAGGACAAGGAGACUGGUGUAAUAUGUUACAGAGAUGAGCUAGGGGAAUUGAUCUGUGAAGGGUAUGAUGAAGGACCAAGAUUGUCUUGGCAACAAGAAGAAGAUGGAAAGCUUGAAGAUUUAGUAGAGAAAGGUCUGGAUUACAAGUCCAUGAACCUAUCAACUGAAGCUCUUAUAGUAAGUAGGGAGAUAAAGAGGCUAAACAACACUGGGAGUAUAAUUUCAAGUUGAUCUACAGAUAUAUGGCGUCUAUUGUGCAACAGGCAAACAAAAUUAAGAAGGUGUUUGAAGAUGGGAGCUAAGUAAGCAGCAGCUCGAUCCUUUUGCUUCUGCUGUUCCAAUUUUUGUAAAGUUCUCCAGUUGUAAAUAUGGAAAUGGUACUCAAAGUAUCCAAGAUGCAAAAUAAAAGUCUCUCUCUCUCUCUCAUCAAACUCAAAUGAAUUUAAACUAUGUUUGGGA